UUAAUUUAAACCUUCAAAGAAUGGCUCGCUCACAAGCGUAGGAACGAUGGCUCUCAAUUCUCUUCAACUCAUCUGCUCUUCUUCGUUUCCUGUAACCAGGAUUGAACUCAAAGGGGAAUGCCCUCGGCUUUUCAACUGCUUCUCCAGGUCCCAGACAUUGAGGGUUCAAAAUGAAAGCGGUGGCGAAGUACCUGGUCAGAAUGGCAGUGGAAGAAGGAUUUGGCGACGCAGAAAACUGACAAAGAAAGACAGGACACCAGAGUACAGAAUGGAGAGAAUACCCUUUUUAGAAGAGCAGAUACGGAGCAUAAGGCAGUCAGGGAGACUGAUGGCUUUGGAUAUAGAGAAGCUGAUGUUGAGGGAGGACAACAGGUUUGAUUUUGUGAAUGAGGUGGCCGAGGAGGCCAAGGCAUAUGUGGAGAAUGACCUCGAUGAGUAUGGCCACAAGAAAGCUAUUCUUCAUGUUCUCAGCAACCGCAUGAAUGAUGCUGGUUUUUAUCGGCCAGAGGCCUAUAUGGAAGAAGAUCCCUUUAAGCCUGGACCAACGUACCUCAAAGAAGACAAUAUGUAACAGUUUUGCUAGCAAUUGGAGGCGAGUACAUUGUUUUGAGUCCAUACACUGUGAUGCAGGCAGUACAUUGUGCGUGUGCUGCAUUGCAUCACAAUAAACUUUCCCUGAUUUCUUGUAGUAAUUUGGGAUCUGAUUGACCGUGUCUGGUUUGAUCUCAUCAGGAUGCUUUCCAAUAUUUCAUCUGUAUGCUGUCCCUUAUUAUCAGAUGUUUAGAUGAGUGUUUAUUUUUCAA